ACAUGAUCUUCGUUUAUCGGGUACAAAAAAACGUAACACCGAAAUAUCAGUUUUAAAUACCAGAAAGAAAAUAAAAAUGGAAUGAAGAAGAGAAGAAGUAGAAGAUAACCUAACUUUCAGAUUCUCUCACUAUAUUCUACUAGUGGUUCUUCGCAAUUCUGGAUCUAGAGUAUGUAAAAUGAGUUAAGGUAAUGAAAGAUAUGAAGUUUUUGUUUUGGUUGAUGGAUUAAUUCAUAAGACUAAUUAUGAAUUGGGAUAUUGAUGAGAGGUUUAGAUUUUGAGGUUUGAUGAUGGAUCACAGAGAUGAAACUGAAACUAAUCAAGUUCUUGAUCGUGGUAAAGUUAGGAUUCUUUUAUGUGAUAACGAUUCAAAGAGUUGUGAUGAAGUUUUCUCACUUCUAUGCAAAUGUUCAUACCAAGUAACUUCAGCUAGGAGUGCUAGGCAAUUGAUUGAUGCACUGAAUGCAGAAGGGCCUAAUAUUGAUAUCAUACUUUCUGAGGUUGACCUUCCAAUUUCCAAAGGCUUCAAAAUGUUAAAGUACAUUAUGCGACACAAGGAAUCGCAGCGCAUUCCUGUUAUCAUGAUGUCUGUCGAAGACGAGGUUUCUGUUGUAGUUAAGUGCUUGAAGCUGGGAGCAGUUGAUUAUCUUGUGAAACCAUUACGCACUAAUGAGCUAUUGAACUUAUGGACUCAUGUGUGGAGAAGAAGGAAGACGCUUGGAUUAGUAGAGAAGAACAUCUUCAGUUGUGAUCUGUUAUCAGACCCUAGUGAUGCAAAUACAAACAGCACAGCAAUUUUCUCAGAUGACACAGAUGACAAAUCUUACUGGAAUCCGUUGCCUGACAUGAAUGUGUCAGUUCGCCGAGAAGGGGAACCCGAUGCUGGUAACUCGCUAAAUCCUUCCGUUCAAAACUCUUGGGACUGUAAUGUGCCAAAUGCUACUGAUCAGCGAGUUGGGAGAAUACUGUCGCAUCCGAAAAAAAGUGAACUGAAGAUUGGUGAAUCUUCAGCUUUCUUUACUUACGCGAAAUCAGGUGUUCCCAUAGGUAACCUUCAAAGGGUUGUCAGCAUGGAUGAAUCUGUAACUAAAUCAGAACAACCAGGCAGAGGAGCUAAACUGCUUAUGUAUUCCAAAUCAAGUUUCCUUGCUGUCGAUCAUCAAAGGGUUGUCAAUAUGGAUGAAACUACAAGUGAGUUAGGAAAAACAAGCAAAGAAACUGCACUGCUUCCAUCAUGGGAAGAACAAGUAGGUAAUCAAUUAAACAGACAUGAACAUGGGAAACACUCAGAUAUCUACUCGUACCAAAUUGAUGUGGGAACAAGCAGUACAUCCUAUGAGUACCUACAACGAAGGAACUCCGGGGAGAAGGAAAAGAAGUUCUCUGCAACAGUAUUGUCGCAUCGAAGCAGCAGUCCGUCUGAGUUCCCAUGUAGAAGCUCCCGGGAGAAGGACGAGCAGUUCUCCGCAACAGUAUUGUUGCAUCAAGGCAGCGGUCCAUCUGAGUUUCCUUGUAGAAGAAACUCUGAGGAGAAGGACGAGCAGUUCUCCACAACAGUGCUGUUGCACCAGAGCAGUGGUCCAUCUUUUGAGUUUCCACAAAGAAGAAGCUCCAAGGAUAAGGAAGAGCAGGUUUCCGCGACAGUGUUGUCUCAGCAGAGCAACAGCUCCCAGCUUGAGGUUUCAGCUGUUCCAACAUUCCCUCCUUUUCCUUAUUAUAUCCCAGGGAUGAUGAAUCAAGCAAUGAUGCCUCCUUCAUCCACACAACUCUAUCAAGGGACAUACCCGCAUGAUUUGGCAAGACAUCCUCCGUCAUCCAUGUUCCCUCACUACAACCCAUUCUCUCAAUGCCAUCCUCCUUACGCUUCCAUGAUGUCAUCAUUUCCUGCAUAUUAUCCAAUUCAAUUAAACAUGCAGCAAGGUCAGAUGCCUGCAAACCAUGUUUGGCCGCCACCAAUGUCAAAUUCACCUUCUGCAGAAGUAAAGCAAUCUCCAGUGGAUAAAAGAGAAGCAGCAUUAAUCAAGUUUAGACAGAAGAAGAAAGACAAAUGUUUUGACAAGAAGAUUAGGUAUGUCAAUCGGAAGACACUUGCUGAAAGGCGGACCCGUGUACGGUUUGUGAGACAAGUGAAUGGUGUAGAUGUAAAUCUUAACAGUCAACCCGCUACUCCUGUUGAUGAUUCUUAUGACGACGUAGAAGAUGAUGAGUGAAUAUCUAAGGAAAGGUUACAGUCUUGGUCAUUGAGGAAAGGUUAUGCCCCAGCUUGUUCUCAAUUUUUGAAACCCCAUCAUAUUUAUUUAUGUGGAAUCUUAUAGGUUCUUAGAUGCAUUUCGCUUGCACUUGCCUGUGGUGCGUCGCGAAAAUGAUCUGAGACGGAUUUAAUCGUCCUGCCCCAUAAAUGAGUCAUACUGAAGUUGUUGGAAAUGUCAUCUCCAGAGCUAUUGACCGACCCUCUCAAUAAGGAAAUCAUGUUGAACACUAUGAUUCCAAUUUGGUAGGUCUUCAUGGAAACCACUAUCCUAUUAGGACGUGGUUGUCAUGUUAAAAGAUGUUCUCAAGAAUCUAGAGAGUUGACCAUUUCUAUAUUUUGGACAAUCAUUUUAUAACUAA